AUGAACGGAUCACAGCUCAAUGAGCUUCCGGAUGACUCCGAGCAGCUGAGGCCGUACGUGGUGAGCCUGAGGCGGGCAGCAGAGGAGGCCGAUGACCGGUCCUCGGUGGGAAGCUUCUCCGACUGCUUCCUCAUCAGGUUCCUGCGCGCCAGAGACUUCGACCUGCAGCUCUCCCUCAAGCUGUUGCUGAACUACCUGCAGUGGAGGAGAGUGAGUCCAGAGAUCAGCACAUGCCUGUGUCCUUUAUCAGUGUCUGGCCUCCUUAAAGCAUCAUACCAUGCUGUUCUCCCACACCGGGAUCCUGCUGGAAGCAGGGUACUCAUCUACAGAAUUGGGCAAUGGAACCCAAAAGACUGGUCAGCCUUCCAGGUGUUCAGAGUCAGUCUGAUGACAUCGGAACUCAUUUCCAGGGAGACAGAAACACAGAGGCGAGGUGUGAAGGUUAUAUUUGACCUGAAAGGGUGGAGUCUAGGCCAUGCCUUGCAGAUAAACCCCUCCCUCGCCAGAAAGAUAUCCUCUGUGCUUUCGGACUCAUUUCCUCUAAAGGUGAGAGGAAUUCAUCUGGUCAAUGAACCAAUGUUCUUCCGUCCAGUCUUUGCUAUGAUUCGUCCCUUUCUGGCAGAUAAGAUCAAGCAGAGGGUCCAUAUGCAUGGCACAGACUUCCACCACACUUUAAGUGACUUCUUCUCACCAGACGUCUUACCUCCAGAGUAUGGAGGAAGAGGCUUGGAAAUUGAAGAAGUCUGUCAGGCUUGGACCGAGGAACUGCUUCAAUCUGAAAACCUCCUAAAACAAAUUGCUUCUCACCCAACUGGAGACACGUCAUUGAUCUCAGAAGAGAGUGAGACAAAGAAACACACCAAUAUAUGAAGUUUUGGAUGAUGUUACCAGCUUUAAGCUUGAACAUGACUGCUUAUCAUCCAUGACUAAAGUCUUAACUGCUUUUAUACCUUUCAACACAAUCAGCCAUAAUGAUUAAAGUGAAGUUUACCUUUAAGCUAAAAGCCCUUCAUGUUACAUUUAAUGUUCAAAUUUCGGGUAAGAGGAUGAAGUUGCAACAACGUCAUUGAUAUGCAGACAGUGGCUCAACAUCAAGAUGAAGAUAUUGAUGUUAGGAUCAUGUGUUGCCGUGAUCUGGAAUCUGGAAAGAAAGGCC